GGUAGAUCCAUGAGCGAAGAAAUCAGCGGCUGAUUUUUAUACAGUUAACCGGGACUGAGAGGAACCAUGCUGGAAUACAAAUCUAAACGCUCAUUUACGACUCGCAUCAGCUGGCAGUCUCUUCGGAGAGCGGUGUAAUGGCUUUAAGCGCUUUUGUGGUAAAUUGGGUAUAUAAAUCAUUAUUUAAAGGGGCGGUGGGUUGACCAAGAGGUGCGAUCGAGGAUUCAGUAUUGUUCGUAGAAGAUGUAGGACUGGCCACGUUUAUCUGUUGAAUGCUGUGUGCGUAAAGUCACCUGUUGCAAAACAUCACUUUUUAAUAUUCCAGGCUGUCUAAUUGGAGUUUGCUACGCAGAUAGUCCCUAAAAGGAGGAAUGUGUGUGUUUGCCCACAAGGAUCUGAUAUCUCUUCAACUUUGACUUCUUUGAGGACAUAAUUCAAAUAUGGCAAGGUCUCAGUGACCUUAAGAAUCCCAGUAAGAAUCAACGACGGGAUGUAAACAUAACAUUUGAAUAUCAAAGAUACCUGGAAUAUAACCAUCUUCAACUGCAAAGCAGAAACCAUGGCAACCAAAUGUAAAGACCAAUGGAAAGUAUCCAUGGAAACCACAAACUCUGCCUGGCUCUUGUUUUGGACCAUAUGGAUUUUUUUGGCCGGAGUCUUACAAGCAACUGUGGCGAGUGAAGAUGAGGUCACAGCACGCAUCAGUUUCACAUACAAUGCAGAAGGACGAUCAGUGAGAGAGUUCUCUGUGGAUGGUGUGUGUAACUAUUCAACACUUCUGCUGAGCCCGGAUGAAAACAAGAUCUACGUGGGAGCCAGGGAGAACAUAUUCUCUCUCAGCCUGGAUAACAUCAGCGUGACGUAUCGGCAGAAAACUCUCACAUGGAGCACUCCUGAAAGGAAGAGGAAAGAGUGUAUUUUCAAGGGAAAGGACCCCCAGACUGAUUGUUUCAACUACAUCAAGAUUUUACUGCGUCUGAACAGCACACACCUGUAUGUGUGUGGAACGUAUGCCUUCAGUCCCAUCUGUGCUUACAUUAACAUUUCAAGUUUCUCUCUGGAAAGAGAUGAAAAGGGGGAACACGUUAUGGAGGACGGACGUGGACGCUGUCCAUUUAAUCCAGAAUACAGAUCGACAGCUAUUACAGUGGAUGGGGAACUGUACACUGCUACUGUCAGUAACUUCCAGGGAAAUGAACCCACCAUAUAUAGGAGUCUAGGGUCUGGCACCCCUCUCAAAACGGAGAACUCUCUCAACUGGCUCCAGGACCCAGCUUUUGUAGGUUCUGCUCAUAUUACAGGUUUAGACAGCGAGAGAAGUGAUGAUCAGAUCUACUUUUUCUUCAGCGAAAUGGGGAAAGAGUUCGACUUCUUUGAUAACACCAUAGUGUCCAGGAUCGCACGUGUGUGUAAGGAGGAUCAAGGUGGGGAGAGAGUCCUGCAGAAGAAAUGGACCACAUUUCUGAAAGCUCAACUCUUGUGUUCGCUACCGGACGAUGGCUUUCCUUUCAACAUCAUACAGGAUGUGUAUGUGCUCCCAGCCCAACGCAAGAAAAACACACUCCUCUAUGCAGUCUUCACUUCUCAGUGGAGUAAAGGUCUGGCAGGCAGUUCAGCAGUGUGUGUGUUCAGCAUGGAUCAGGUAGAAAAAGCGUUUAAUGGCCGUUACAAAGAAGUGAACCGAGAGACACAGCAAUGGUACACACACACUCACUCUGUACCUGAACCACGACCUGGAAUGUGUAUUACUAAUGCUUCAAGGCAGCUGGGAAUAGACUCAUCCCUUGAUAUGCCAGAUAAAGUACUAAACUUUGUGAAAGACCACUUCCUGAUGGACAGUCCUGUCAAAAGUCGGCCUGUGCUCUUCACACACUCUGUGCACUACACACAAAUUGCUGUGCACCAUGUGCAAGGCCUCCAUGAAGCUUACGAUGUGAUGUUCAUUGGCACAGAUGAUGGACGUUUGCAAAAGGCUGUGAAUGUAGUCGGUAUGAUGCACAUCAUUGAGGAGAUCCAACUGUUCCCAGAGCAACAACCUGUACAAAACAUAGAGCUGGAUUCAACUACGGGUUUGUUAUUUGUGUCGUCACACUCUGGUAUUGUGCAGCUGCCAGUAGCAAACUGCAGUUUCCAUAACAACUGUGGCGAGUGUGUUUUGGCCAGAGACCCAUACUGUGCCUGGACAGGCACACACUGUACUGACGUCACACGUAUCCCACCACAAAACCAAUGGCAGCAGGAUAUCGAGAAGGCAGACAGUUUAAAAUGUAACAGCAAAAUGCUGAGUGUGUACUCUGAGAGCUCAGUGUCACCACGUUCUUUCCCAAAUUCCCAAGAAUCUGAUUGCGUGCUCAUCAUCGUCCCAGCUAAUACUCUCCGCCUGCUGCCCUGCAAUCUUCGCUCCAACCGUGCACAAAGGAAAUGGUCAUACAAGCCAGAUGUAGGACGCUUCCUGUUCCCAAGCCCGGAGGGUGGGUUAGUAGUCAGCGGCCGUCCAGGCAGCGAUGAGGUCUUCUCAUGUUGGUCAGAAGAACAUGGCUUCAGGCAGCUCUUGGCCAAUUACUGUGUGAAGGCAGAGCCUUUAUCCGAGACUGCAACCAAUACGGGGCGGCUGGAUGAACAUCUUAUAAUCCAAAGCAUAUCGUCGGAUGUCUUGUCCAGCGAAUCAGUGCGCGCCGCUCAACUGCGCAUAAAGACGUAUGGCACAGAGCUGGCCGUAGUGUGUGUGCUGUUAGCUGUUUGUGUGCUUUCGUUCGGGCUGUCGGUAGCAUAUCGACACAGGGGCUGGAUGAAGGAGGUACUGAGAGGAGGAGAGCAAACUGGAGGAGCCCAAAAGAGCACAGUCAGGCCUGGGGAGAGUUUACCCCUCAAUGCUGGUGAGCUUCCAACCUCCCCAUCCGACCACAAAAGCUACCAGACAUUGGAGGAUAACUGUGGUUACACAAUCGCUCAAUCAGAGACAAGCACGCAGAACAACUCCAAAGAAGCACAGACACUUGCCCAAACGCCACAGAAUGGCUUUAAAGAGACUCAUGUGGAAGUCAGUGACAUUAGCCCUCGGCCACGAGUACGACUGGGCUCUGAGAUCAGAGACUCUGUGGUGUAAAAUACUGACGUUUCUGAUGAAUUUCCAUAAUUUACGCAUAAACAGUCUAACACUCUUAAUGCUCACUUGGUACAUUCAAUGGGCAGCUUUCUUGAAGACUAAGCGUACUGAGCCCUGAGCACAAGAGAAUAGAUGGGACAUGCUCAGUGUGUGUAUUGCCAAAUUGUAGUUGUUUAAGACAAUGCCCUCAAAUCUACUCCCACAUCUCUUUCACCCUUUCAUGUUAAACGGUAAAAUAUGUGUUAAUAUGAGAGUGCGCUGAUACAUUAGAAAUCAGAAACAACAAUCCAAGGAAGGGUGGACCAGAUGGAUGAACAGGAGAGAAAUGGGCAAUGAGCCUUGUGUUGUAGGACUGGUACUGGUGCUAUUAUCACUGCCAAGACAGAGUAAUGAUGCCUAACUCAAGGUGAGAAGACUGUUCUAUGUCUGUUUGUAUUCCUUUGCUAUUCUUUGUGCAAAGUUUCAAUACAUAAGUGUUUAAUGGGGUACUUUAAAUGUAAGAUUUGACUAUGAAACCCAUAGCCCAUACUCUGCAGAUUCUCAUUAUACCAGCAUUGAACACCAGGCAGUUCAGACCAGGUUGCUUGUUAGUGUUAUAGAACUUGGUUACUUUCUUAACAUUUUAGAA